AUGUCAAAACCAAAAGGAGGUUGGGAAAAGUUAAAAGAAACUCAAAAGAAAAAGAAGAAUGAAGCAGACUUUCUAAAAAAGUAAAUCCUCUUACAUCGUAUAUUAUACCUAAAUAUACUAACAGUGAAAAUACCAUUAAUAAAGAAGAUAAUAUUAUAAAUACGAGUACAUCNUCUUUCAAAAUAUAAAUGCUGACUUUUCCUUAACAAAAAAAUAUUAUGAAAAUCCUAAGGUAAAUCGUUGUUUGAACAAAACUGCAUUUUUCUAUACAAAGCCGAAUGGUGAUUGUUGUAAUAGAGAAUGGUUACUUUAUUCGCCGACUAAAAAAAUGGUUUAUUUUUAUUAUUGUAUUCUCUUUUCUAAAAAUAACAUAAUGUGUGAUGGGUAUGAUGAUUGGCGAAAUAUUCAAAAAUUUCUUGAAAACCAUGCGAAAAAAGAAUAUCAUGUCUUGGCAAUUAGUAUGUACCUAAAUAGAACGAAACUAUCGGGUAGAAUAGAUAGUGAAUUAGAAAAACAGUUAACCGAAACACGUGACUAUUGGAAAAACGUGUUAAGACGCAUAAUUGAAACAAUAUUAUUUUUAUCGGGACGUGGUUUACCAUUUCGAGGUUCGGACGAACACUUCGGGUCAAAUCAUAAUGGAAAUUAUCUUGGAAUAUUGGAGCUUCUUUCAAAAUUUGACCCAUUUUUAGCCCAACAUAUCGCUGUACACGGAAAUCAAGGAAAAGGACACACAUCUUAUUUGUCCAAAACUAUUUGUAACGAAUUUAUUGCACUUACUGCAAACAAAACUCGUGCAAUGAUUAUAGAUCAAUUAAAAAAAAGCCUGUUAUUUUUCAAUAAGCGUUGA